AUGUUGUCCCUGCCACGAAAGACUCUGCAGCCCGUAAGCUACGGCCAAUUCGCGCAACGUGAGACGUUCCGUUGCGUGACGACGAUCGCAAUCGACCCGAAGCCGUCUGCACGAGAGCGUCGUCCUCUGCCUCUCAAGGGCAUCCGCGUCGUGGAAUGCGGCCACCUCAUUGCCGGACCUUUUGCAGGGACGAUCUUGAGCUACUUUGGUGCCGAUGUGAUCAAAGUCGAACCGCCUACGGGCGACCAAGUGCGGGACUACCGCCAGUUGGACGCGAGCAAUACGUCGCUGUGGUGGUACUCGCUCGGCCGCAACAAGCGGUCGGUGGCGAUCGACAUGAAGGCCGACAGGGGACGGGCGCUCGUGCAAGAGCUCAUUGAGCAGAGCGACGUGUUGAUUGAGAACUUCCGCCCUGGCCGCAUGGAACAGUGGGGACUGGGACCCGAGGAUUUCGAGACAACAAACCCGAAACUCGUGUACGCGCGAGUGUCCGGCUUUGGACAAGAUGGGCCCUAUUCGAGCAGGGCAGGAUUUGCCUCCGUGUGUGAAGCAAUGGGCGGGUUUCGGUACGUCAAUGGCUUUGUCGACCGUCCACCGGUUCGCCCAAACCUCAGUAUCGGGGACACGAUUGCUGGCAUCCAUGCGGCACUGGGAAUUGCAAUUGCUCUACUUGGACGCGAGAGAGGAGCUGCUGCUGGGCUCAGCGCCAAAGGCCAAGUUGUGGACGUUGCGAUCUAUGAAUCCAUGUUCAACCUCAUGGAAGCAGUGGUGCCCGAAUAUGAUUAUUCCGGCCUGGUUCGCGAAUGCUCGGGGUCUACGAUCACAGGGAUUGUACCGUCCAACACCUACGUCACAAAAGACAACAAGAACGUUGUCCUUGCUGCCAACACCGACUCGCUGUUUGUCAAACUCAUGAAAGCUAUCGGUCGAGAGGAUAUGGCAGCAGACUGCAAGUACCGAACGAAUGCCGACCGUGUGACGCAUCAAGAAACGAUUGAUGCUGCCGUAGUGGCGUGGACGGCUACCCAGGAUCUGGACACUGUUGUCGCAGUGAUGGAGAAGGCUACAGUACCUGUGGGUCUCGUGUACUCCGUCGAGGACAUGGUGGCGGAUCCACAAUACAAGCACCGCGGGAUGUUCGAGGAGGUGGAGAUUCCACAUGGCGAUAAAACACGGACGCUAAAAGUGCCUGCGAUCCUGCCCAAGCUGUCGGCUACGCCAGGUGUAACGCAGUUUGCUGGACGCAAAUUGGGGCAAGACACACGUCACGUGCUGAAAGAGAUUCUCGGACGAUCGAAUGAGACCAUUGAAGAGCUGCUGGAGGAGAACGUGGUGUUCGAGCCGAAGUAG